AUGAAAAGCACCCAUAAAAUGUUCUCCAUUAAAAUGAUGAUGAUGAUGACGAUGAUAAUGAUUAUGUUCAUUAUUAUCAGUACAGAUCAGAACAUGGGCAUUUUAAUGGUGAAUGCUUCCUGGCAGGAAACAGAGAGUUUACAUGAAUAUGAUGAUAGAAAUGAAUCUAGGAUCAAAGCCGUUUCGGGGGAGGAUGAUAGUGAUAAAAUAGAAGCUUUAGUGUUGGAAAAGUUCAGGGUUUUGCUUGGACUAAAAACCCUUCACAACAGAAUAAAACCAAGAGAGAAUGGAUCACCUGCACCGUCUCCUUCACCGAAUUUCGUCGAAGGUGAAGCUCCGAGCCCUGCUCCAGUUCCUCACCGUGUACGGGCUACCCAUGCUCACUUGCAUCAUAGACCACCCCGCCCUCGGCCGAUGCUGCCAAUUCACAAGGUUAAUAAUCAGCACCAAGAGACUGGAACAAGGAAAAUAGUUAAAGUAGCAGUACUUGUUUCUAGUGGAGUGGCAUUGUUGCUUUUUGCUCUUGGGGUGGUAUUGUGUAUUAGCAGGAGAAUUUAUUAUAAAAAGAAGGUAGCUAAAAGAACAGCUUCUGUAUGUAGUGAACAAGGAGGGAACAGAGACAGAUCAAAGAGUGUAAAAUCUCAGUGUUUGGCGAGUAAGGUAACGCAAGAGCUCAACUCUGAUUUGUUCUACAUUGAAACUCUAACUACUGCUUUAGAACCGCAAACAUGUCUGGAAAACAUGGGUAGUACAUCAUAUGAGAAGAAGAAUUCAGAUUAUGAAGGUAAGCAAUGUGAGCCCAGAGAUUGCAGUUCAUUGGGAGAAGAGAUUAUUUCUGAUCACGAGUAUACAGGAUCAAGUAAAUAUGAAUCUGAUGAUCAGAACUCCUUAAAUGGGGAUAAGAUGGAUGGCAUUGAUAAACAUUCAUCCGAGAAUGAAUCUUUUCAUUCUUUGUAUGAUUCACGUUCAUCUAGUACUCGUAAUCUUCGGCUUUCUAAUGUCUCGUUUGGAAGUUUUAGUGACCCGGUAGAAGUUUUCUCCCCAAACCACAGUUUACCUUCAAACCCUCCUCAAGUUCCAUCAAUCAAUCAAGAACAACCAACUCAUACGAUUGCAAAUGAUCCACAUUGUCUACACAGCGCACAACCACUACCAUCUCCACCACCACCACCUCCUCCACCGCCACCACCUCCUCCACCGCCACCACCUCUACCCCUGUUUGCACAUAUCUCUCCUAAACUCAAAGCAUCUUCCUCAUCCAGAGUGGUACAUGCUAAAUCUUCAGAAUCCAAACAGAAAACAGAAAAAUGCUUAGGUUCACCACCACUAACCCCAAAAGUUCUAGAUGGUCCAAAGAAUAUUCCACCGCCACCGUGUCCACCACCCCUCCUAAAUGGAAAAGCUAGCUCAUCUAAAGGUCCACCUCCUCCACCUGGGCAACCUCCUCCAUUUACGCCGCUGGGAAAAGACGGUGCUCCACUACCAAAACUGAAACCACUUCACUGGGACAAAGUACGAGCUGCACCAGAUCGAUCUAUGGUGUGGGACAAACUUCGUUGUAGCUCAUUUGAGUUGGACGAGGAGAUGAUAGAAUCACUGUUUGGCUACAACCUGAAGACUGUAUUUAAGAAUGAGGAAGGAAAAAGUAAUAGCCCCUCUCCUAGUAAACAUGUCCUUGAGCCCAAAAGACUUCAGAACAUAACCAUACUUUCUAAAGCUCUAAAUGCAACAGCUGAGAAGGUCUGCGAAGCACUAGUACAAGGGGAAGGUUUAAGCUCACAGCAACUCGAGGCUCUGGUAAAGAUGGCACCAACUGAAGAAGAAGAAGCAAAGCUAUCUAAUUAUAAAGGGGACAUCAACGAACUCGGAUCAGCAGAAAAGCUUGUUAUAAAAAUGCUAACAGUGCCCUGUGCCUUUCAAAGGAUAGAAGCAAUGCUUUAUAGAGCCACUUUUGAUGAUGAGGUUAUUCACCUAAGGAACUCAUUUCAAAUGCUUGAGGAAGCCUGCAACGAAUUGAGAUCAAGCAGACUUUUCUUAAAACUACUAGAGGCUGUGCUCAAAACAGGAAAUAGAAUGAAUGUUGGAACAAUCAGAGGUGGUGCAAGAGCAUUUAAGCUUGAUACACUCCUCAAGCUUGCAGAUGUCAAAGGCACAGAUGGAAAAACGACCUUGCUACAUUUCGUGGUACAAGAGAUGAUACGCACAGAGGGAAUUCGCAUGUCUGACAGCAUUAUGGGGCAAAUAGACCGAAACACUAAAAGCAGAACAGUAGAGGAAACGGAGGAUAAUUACAGAAGAAUGGGUCUCGACCUUGUAGCUGGUCUAAGCACUGAAAUUUGCAACGUGAAAAGAACAGCGUCAAUAGACUUGGAUGUUAUAGCAACAUCUGUCUCAAAUCUAUCAGAUGGAAUGUCUAAGUUGCAGCAGUUGAUAAACAAGAUUUUGCAACAUGAUGCAACAAAUGACAGUUUUGUUCAUGCCAUGAAGACCUUUUUAAAUCAUGCAGAGAAUAACUUGAAGGAGUUACAAGCUGAGGAAAAUAAGGUCUUGCUUAGUGUACGACAAAUCACAGAGUACUAUCAUGGUGAUGUGAGCAAGGAAGAGGCUAACCCGCUCCGAAUCUUUGUGAUCGUGCGGGACUUCCUUGGAAUGUUAGAUCAAGUGUGUAGAGAGCUUAAAAGCUUGAAAAUCCCAAGAACCCCAAAUCCUUUGUCUCCAUUUCGGUAAAUGAAACCGUUUUCUUGCCUCGAGAGUUGAUAGCUUGUCAACAACGUUUUUUAUUAGGUAGGGAUUUGGACUGCUUAGACAUGAUUUGAUUCCACCAGAUUGUGUAAUAGCAUCAAGUGUAUUCGACUAUAACUACGGAAAAAGGUAGUUUAACAAAUUUUAACACCAAA